CAGUCGCUGGACUUCCGCGCAUCUAAAUUUCUAAUCACCCGGACGUUGGGCCACUCCGGCUAUGGCGCGAAGCGCCGCCGCCCGGCUGCUCGCUUUCUCCCCUCUCCUUCUCGGCUCCAGCCACUGCCACUUGCGCCUUCGCCACCCUCCCCUCCUCCUACUCCCUACAUCCCGUUCUAAGACCACCUCCCGCAAGCUUCCCCGCUCACAGCCUCGUGAGGUGGCGCCUGAACCCGCCGGCAGCGGUCGCCCAGGGCCACCAGGGGCGCCCCCCUCUCUUUUCCAGGAAAUCUCCGAACUCGUUGCCUCAGUGGCCAAUGUUGAAGCGUUACUACCCCGAAGGAAUGGCGGCGCGCCUUGUGAUGACCUCGGAGCUGCUGCUGUGGGGUGCACCGAAGGUGCUCGAGGAAUUGCUUCAGAGAGAGCGGCAUUGGCUUCUACCUCCAUUGCUGGCUGCAUAUCUGACCGGGUCGUUCUUGGUGACUCUGCAGAUGAUGAGAGUUCUCAAUCUCGUGGCACUAUCACAAUCACAAAUGCUGCAGAGGCAUUCUGCCGGGAGGCUGGAGACACUGGCAUGGCAGUAGAUUCUGAUGUUGACAAUAUCAGCGCAAUGGUGCACAGGAUUACAGCAGUCCUCCGGUCAGAGGCACCUGGGCCGUCAGUGGAGCAGAAGCUUAAGAGCCUGGGUGCGAAUUACACUCCGAACCUUGUUAACAUGGUGCUGAAGAGGUGCUUCAAGUUCAGGCAACUGGGAUUCUGGUUCUUCCACUGGGCAAAGCGACUCCCAGAUUUCCACCACACGACGGAGACGUACAACACGAUGCUGUACAUUGUGGGCGAAGCGAGGAGCUUUGGUAUCAUGGAGGAGCUCGUGGGCGAGAUGGAUCGGGAGAUGUGCCCCAAGGACAUCAAGACAUGGACGAUUUUAUUAUCAAAAUAUGGAAAGGCGAGGCAGAUUGGCAAGAUGCUGUCAACCUUUGAGGCGAUGAGGAAAUCGGAAUCCAUCUGGAUAGACAGUAAAGUCUAUAGGACAGUUUUUCACGCUUUGUGCAAUGCUGAUAAGCCUGAGCUUGCUCUUGAGUUCUACAAGGAUAUGCCCAGCAACAUGGAGGUCGGGACUGACAUUCUUCGACUACUAAUGUGUUGUCUUGCAACAUCAGAUAAUACUACUGAAGGUGUCUAUCUUAUCAGAGAUGAUAUGAUUGAUGGCAUGAAACAUCCAGAGGAGUACUGCUACACGGAGGCUCUUCGAAGCUUUUGUAUAGCAGGAAAGCUUGGUGAGGCAUGGAAAGUCUUUCAGAAGAUGAAGAACAAAUCGAUGGCUAACUCAUCUGCACUUGAGAAUCUCCUGAGAGGGCUCUGCAGAGCAGGGAGAAUGGAUGAAGCUUUGCAGGUCACAGAAUACAUGAAGAGGAUAUCAAGUCUAAACAGUACAACAUUUUCGUUCCUCAUCAAUGGUUACCUUAGGAAAGGGGAGCAUACCAAGGCACUUGACUUGCUGCGGGAGAUGACAGAAUAUGGAUGUGUUCCACUGGCAUCAUCUUAUACCCAGGUCAUGCAACACCUAUUUGCAAUUGAUCAGUGUGAAGAAGCAUGUGGACUGUUUGAAGAGAUGCUAAAAAACAGUGUUGAACCAGAUAUUGUUACGUUCACAGCACUGAUUUGUGGGCAUGUUCGCAGCGGACAUAUAUCCAAAGCAUGGGAUGUCUUCAGGAAUAUCAAUAAGAAUGGUCAGAAACCCACGUUGAAAGCAUAUACAGUGUUCAUGCGAGAGCUCUGCAAGGUGUCCAGGCACCUUGAGGCCGUAGCACUUCUGAAGGAAAUGCUGGAAUAUGAUUUCAGGCCUUCUGAGACAACUUUCUGCUGGUUAAUUUCUACUUUACGCGACAAAUCCUAUUUGGAAGAGGCAAGUUAUGUUGAUAGAAUGCGGGCAUCUUUUAAUUUUCGAAACCCUAGAGAUGGUUUGCAAUUCGAACAGUUAGAUGGCAUUGACAAUGUUGAUAAGUUUCGAAAAAUGCGCAAGUCUAAUCCCCAAGAGAAAGAACUGGCAUUGGAGUUCACUGGCUCUCCUUCAGAUCAAAAUGGUAAGGUCUCCAGUUUCACGCUUUCUGACGACACACAUCAGAAAGAACAACAGGACUACAGUGAUGGAGAUGUUGAAGAAAUAUGUCGGAUUCUGUCUUCUUCUGAUGAUUGGGGCUCAACACAACAGGCACUGCAGAUGAGAUCAGUCCAUUUUAGUCCUAAUCUUGUUGAUGCCAUUUUGAAGCGUUGUAAAAGGAAUAGUCGUGCUGCUUUGCAAUUUUUCUCAUGGGUUGGGAGGCGACCUUACUACAUGCCUACUACAAAAACAUACAAUACUGCUAUGAAACUUGCGGGUUCUGCAAAAGAUUUUAAGCACAUGCGGUAUCUGUACAAAGAAAUGUUAAGGAUCGGAUGCUCCCCAACCGUGGAUACAUGGAAUGUCAUGGUCUGUCAGUAUGGCAAUGCUGGUCUGUCUGAAAAGGCCUUGAAGACAUUCUGUUACAUGAAGGAGUGUGGGUUUCUGCCUGAUAAAACUACUUACAAUCACCUGAUAAUGUACCUCACCUGCAGUAAAGGGCGGAAAAUAGAUGUGGCAGUCAGAAUCUUCCAAGAAAUGUGUCAUGCAGGGCAUAUAUUUGAUAACAGGACAUUUUUCAUGUAUCUUUUGGCUCUAUGCGAGUGUGGGAAAAUAGCAGAUGCAACAAGCUCAGUAGUAUCCUUAUGUGAACGAGGAUUUUCUGUGCAGGCUGGCUACUCCAUAUUCCUUAGAUCAUUGUGCAGGGCUGAUAGAGUGGAGGAAGCUCUCCAUUUGUUCGAUUGUAUUGAGAAACAUGGUUGCUCCAGAGACCAGUACAUGUACGGGAGUCUAAUCCAUGUUUUGCUAAGGAGGGACAAAUUUGAAGAUGCUGUUGCCAAGCUUACAGAAAUGAAGAACGAAGGGAUACUUCAAAGCACACAUAUAUAUACCUCAUUCAUUGUUUAUUACUUUCAGAAGAGAGAUGUUGUCAAGGCAUUGGAUGUGCUCAGGGAGAUGAAAGAGAAUGGAUGUGAGCCUACAGUUGUCACAUUCUCUGCUUUGAUCCGUGGCUACAUGGCCAUGGGUAUGGUUUCAGAGGCUUGGGCUGUUUUCCAACAAAUGAAGAUGAGAGGACCUGCACCAGACUUUGAAACCUACUCCAUGUUCAUGUCAUGCCUAUGCAAAGCAGGUAGAUCAGAAGAUGGGUUGCAUCUUAUCCAUGACAUGUCGGACCGUGGUUUCAUUCCCAGCACAGUAAAUUUCAUGACUGUUGUCCAUGGUCUAAAUGUGGAGGGCAAACAUGAGCUUGCUGAGUCUGUUCUACGGUCAAAAUGGCACUUGCGGAAGCAAAGAACUAUCUCAAAUUAGUUUUUUUCUUCUCUCAUGCUCUCAAAAUGUUUUUUGGUGUUUACAAUUUGGACUGCAAGAUUCAGUGUUCAAUGUAUUUUCUUGGAACAAGCAUAUGAUAGGAGCAUGAAGUAAAAUGAAUCAUGGACACUUUUGCUACAAAAAAAAAACCCUUCAUUUUGUCAGUGGUGGGAAGAAAUCUGACGCAUCAGCAUGGUAAAUUAGGACCUGAGAUGGAGAAAGGUACAGUAAAAAUCGUUGCGAGGACUGACUCGAUGUGGCAUGCCUUACUGCUUAGUCAGAGACAGGCGAAUUCCAGUGAAUUUACUCAGGACAAAGGUAUCACAAAUUGCUUUGAAGCCCAAUAAAGGGACCAAAAUGCCAGAAGCAACACACCCCAGUAUUCUGCUGCUUCUACAUCGAACAUUUUAUCGGUAUUAUCUAGAUAUUGUUAGAUGUUUAGCCUCAAUGCCAGGUCUAGGAAUUCUUUCUGCCUCACAGGACAGCACUAUCAAGUUAUGUGCAUUGACAAGUCAGCCCCUGCUGGACAUGAUUGCACAUUCUUCUCUUGUAUUUGUAUAUUCUGUGGAUGCACAUUCUUCAGGUCUAAUUGUUAGUGCCAUUGAGGAUUGCUCUUUGAAGAUAGGGAAAGGUGAUAUAUUUUGUAUCCUAAAUACGUUGGCGUUUCUCAUGUUGAACUUGUAACUAUAUUCUCUGAGCAGCUCGUGAAAUCUCGCUAAAUUAGCGUACGCCCGAUUCUACAAACUGUCUUAUCUAAACAAAUGUAAAGUUGUCGCUAACUGAAUGUGUAAACACUUCA